UCUAUUAUAAUAUUAGUUAAAUGUGACGUAUUAGAUAAUGUAGAAAGUGAAAAUUUGCAAGUGAAUGAUAUAGCAGGUUCAAUAAUCGGAGUUAUUGGUGCGGAUUCAAAUACAAAAAGAAUUAAAGAACUAAAUGAUAAAUUAAAAAAGGUAGACAAAUAUGUAGUUGAUAAAAACAAAUAUGCAGAAUUACUAAAGAACAUAACAAUUGAAACUGAUUUGAAUGCAACUAAUUUCUUUAGUGCAUUAUACGAAAGAGAUUAUUUGAAAGUCAUCUCCGGGAAUGAAACGAAAAGUAUUUAUCUCCAACUUAAGGAAAAAAUGAACAGAGAUGAUGUUAUUAAAAUAUUAGCUGAGAAAGGGAACACAAGUAAUUUGGUGAAAUCAGCUAGAAAAGCUAUUGGAAUCGAUUAUAUUGAAUUUAAUGAUAGAGACGAUAAUGAUAUAGUACUAGAUAAUAUAGUUGAUGAGAUUUUAGCUCAAGCGCCAAGUGAUAAUCAUAAAUUCGACCACAACGAUAAUGACGGAAUGUACUGGGAUCCUCAAGGUGAAUUAGAUGAUCUCAAGGAAUAUCAUCGACAUGACGGUAGACGUAUUUUUAGAGGGGAAAGAACGACGAUCAAGAACUAUCCAUUCAUGGUGUCAGUGCACGUAUUGGGCAGGUUUUGGUGCGGAGGUUCGUUGUAUUGGAAUGAUCUGGUGCUUACAUCAGCGUCUUGUUUGCAGUUGAUGCAUAAUAACCGCUUCUUCCGAGAAAAUCCGAAGCUGCUCCAAGUAAGAAUAGGAAGUAAUCAUAGCAGGAUUGGUGGGGAAAUUAUAGACGCACUUGAGGUGUAUUUUCAUCCUGGUUACAAUCCUCGUACCUUGAAUAAUAACAUAGCGGUUAUACGCCUACGUCACCAUCUCUAUUUCGACCACCACCGUACGCCGAAGCUGAUUGCAAUAUCCUACAGCCCCUUCAGUAUACCCACAACAGCUGAAGUAUUGUUAUUGGGUUGGGGGGUUAAAAAGCUCUCUCAGAGAAUAGCUUUCGAGCCGGUCUUCCUACAACAAAAACUUCUACCCGUAUAUCCGAAUAUAUUUUGCAAAGAAGUCUACGGAGAUAAAUUUGUUUCAUCUACAAUGUUUUGCGCUGGUACUAUGACAACUGGAGAAGGAGCGUGUUCACACGACGCGGGAGGCCCUGCAGUUAUGUCGGGAAAAUUAGUCGGGAUAAUCUCAUACGGCCCGUCCAUUUGCGGCUUCCCAAAUGCCCCGACCGUGUUCACAUUAGUUGGGGCGUACGCUGAUUGGAUCGAAACUAUUAAUGAGACGAUGCCAAGUUAUCAUAUUGGAAAGAAGAAGACAACAACAUUAAAUCCAGUAUUGGCUAUGCAAUAUUAUAAUUUAGAACAAUAUACAUCAUUGAAGGAAAAACUGCUGGAACAUCAGACAUCCAAGGUAACCCCACUCGACAUCAUGACGAUGCCAACUGAAGGCAAUGUUACAGCGACAACACCUGGCGCUUUGAGAAAGAAAAAACUAAAAGAUUUGUGA